AUCUUCUGGCUACAUACACACUUACAAACUCUCCGGAUAGUAUUGCUAAGCUGGCAUAUUGCUAAGCAUCCAGAUCCUAGGCGACGAUGCCAGGAACUUCUAGCAAGCGCCGGUUGGCGCUGGUGAGAUGUAGAAUUUGUAACAUCAGAAACUGACUGGCACCAUCCUUCGUGAAUCUGUAGAUAUAAAAGGUCUUGAAAUUCCAUGAUAUUGAUCCAUCAUCAAAAUAAAGAAAGCACCUCCACCAGCAUCUUCUCGCAUGCCAACCUUCUACCUCCAACCUGCAGGCCCGACGACUUACAAGACGUUCAAUCCAAACAUUACCAUCAACACUCCCAACCACACCAGCAAGAUGGCUUUCCUUCCACGAGCCUUCGCGACUGAGUUCGCCCCCAUCUUCCGCCUCCUGGACGACUACGCUGCACAUUCACUUGCUCGCUCCUCUGGAGCUGCAUGUGCCCGUCAAAUCCGGACCUUCCAGCCCAAGUUCGACAUCAAGGAGAACAGGGACAGUUAUGAAUUGCACGGCGAGCUUCCCGGCGUGCAGCGCGACAACCUGACCAUCGAGUUCACCGACAGCCAGACCCUCGCCGUCAAGGGCCGCACCGAGUCUCACCGCGAGGAGGGUACCCGACCAGCCACGGUUGAAGCAGCUCCCGCUCAAGCUGCUCUGGAAAGCAGCUCCGACGCUACCACCGCCGCCGCCACUCCUCAGUCACCCAAGCAGACCAAACAGGCGUAUGUCGAAGACGACGAUGCCUUUGUACAAGUCGACAACACUUCCACCACCACUGCUCCUGAGUCCACCAACGCAGUCGAGACGCAGCAACCCCAGGUCGCCACCCCCGCCGAGGACACGCCUACUUCGCGGUACUGGCUCUCGGAGCGUUCCGUCGGCACCUUCGCCCGCUCGUUCCAGUUCCCGACCCGAAUCGAUCAGGACAAUGUCAAGGCUUCCUUGACCAACGGCAUCCUGUCGAUCGUCAUCCCGAAGUCGGUCGCGCCGCAGUCCCGACGCAUCAACAUCGAGUGAAAGAGCCAAUAGAUCAAACCUGGGAGGAGUCAAAGUGGAGGAU